CAUCGCGGAGUCUCUUCACUGCUCUUCCGCGGCGCUGGAAACGCGGCGCAGCCUGGCCCCGCGCGGCCGCCAUAGAGUCCCUGUUGCCAUGGCUCCCAGGGUCCGGAGCGGACGCACGGAGGUGUGACUAGAAAGUGCGAAGGAAGACCUCGGGGUCCGGGGCCAGCUUCCCCGGCCCGCGAACCGAAGAGGUGCCAUGGGCCGGAUCACUGAAGAUCUUAUUAGACGGAAUGCCGAACACAAUGACUGUGUAAUUUUUUCCCUGGAGGAACUCUCCUUGCAUCAGCAAGAAAUAGAAAGACUAGAACACAUUGACAAAUGGUGCCGGGAUUUAAAAAUCCUCUAUCUUCAAAAUAACCUCAUUGGAAAAAUUGAAAAUGUUAGCAAACUCAAGAAACUUGAGUAUUUGAAUUUAGCUUUAAACAACAUCGAAAAAAUUGAAAAUUUGGAAGGAUGCGAAGGACUGAAAAAACUUGACCUGACGGUAAAUUUCAUUGGAGAGCUGAGCAGCAUUAAAACCCUUCAGCACAACAUCCACCUGAAGGAGCUCUUUCUCAUGGGUAACCCGUGUGCUGACUUUGACGGCUACAGGCAGUUCGUGGUGGCAACUCUUCAACAAUUAAAGUGGUUGGACGGUAAAGAAAUAGAGCGAUCAGAAAGGAUUCAGGCAUUGCAGAACUUUCCAGUAAUUGAACAACAAAUCGGAGAGCAAGAGAAAGCUUACUGUCUCAAAAGAGCCAAAGACAAGGAAGAGGCUCAGAGGAACCUGCGAGAAGAGGAGGAAAAUGAAGCCAAAGGCAGAAAUUACCCAGGCUUUGAGGGACAGAGCCCAUUUUCAGUAGAGAGCAAAGAGCACGUCCAGGCACCAGAAGGACAAGAAGGGGAAUGCAACCAAAAGAAGUUCAAGGGCAGCGAAGAUGACCUGGAAUUCUGGAACAAGCCCUCUUUGUUUACUCCUGAAUCUCGAUUGGAAACACUUAGGCAUAUGGAAAAACAACGGAAAGACCAAGAAAAAUUAAGUGAAAAGAAGAAGAAAGUGAAACCACCCAGGAUUUUGAUCACUAAAGAUGGGAAAGCCUUGAAUGUAAAUGAUCCCAAACUUGACUUCUCCUUGAAAGAUGAUGAAAAACACAACCAGAUCAUCUUGGACCUUGCUGUCUAUAGGUACAUGGACACCUCUCUAAUCGAUGUUGACGUGCAGCCAAAUUACGUCCGAGUCACUGUCAAAGGAAAGCCAUUCCAGCUUGUCCUUCCUGCAGAAGUCAAGCCUGACAGCAGCUCUGCCAAACGCUCUCAGACGACAGGGCAUUUGGUGAUCUGCAUGCCCAAGGUAGACGGAGUAAUCACACGGCGACAAACAUCAAAGUUUGGGGAAAGUACCUUGGACAGCAGCAGAGAGCCCGCAAACCAAAGAAACAAGCAAAUUGAGAAACUAGAAGUAGAUCCUAGCAAGCAUUCCUUCCCUGAUGUGGCUAACAUAGUUCAAGAGAAAACACACAGGCCCCGAAGAAUUCAAUCUGAACCCAAAAUUACAGCAAAUGAGGAAGAUCCCGACUUUGAAGAUAACCCUGAAGUGCCUCCAUUGAUUUGAAACAUCAGGCUGCAUCGACGGACCCACCAAACCCAGUUCUGUUCCUUGCAGCGUGCGUGCAGACCACUGUGGGGUAAACACCGAGUUAUUUAUCAACUUACUACUCCAGUGUUUUAGCUUCUGCUCUAUACAGUAAUAUUCUUAAGCUAGUUUAAAAUUCAAAUGUAUAUCUUAAAAUGCUAUAACUCAUUUGUCUAUAAUAAAAUGCU